AUGGCAUAUUAUUCUGAAGGUGAGACGAGGCGGCCACGAUGGAAGUUCUGGCGAAGCAAGAGCGGCGACAUCUCUCACUCGGACCAAGCAACGAAACAGAGCAGCAGCCGCAGCGACGACAGCUAUAGAGAAAGGCCCCCCAAAAGAUCAGACGACCCGACCCUUGAGAAUGCAACCCUACCAGGCCAGCUCGCCACAACAACAAACAGCUCGGACGCCUCCAGCGAGCUGAAGGAGUCCACCGCCUCGCCGAGCCUCAACCCGCGGACCCUGAGCAACUCGUCCAUCGCGCCGGUCGAGCACACCAAGUCGACGGCCACGUCGACCUCCAGCCCCGUGGUCACGCGGGAGACGCACACGGACCCCGUCACGGGCGAUCUAAUUAUCACCAUGACGACCACGAUCGUCACGACCACGACGACGAAGCGCAUCAUCAAGAUCCCGCCAGCGACGCGGGACGAGGUCGACCUCGACGAGGAGAGGCGGCUGGCGGCGGAGUACCUUGCCUCCAACGGCAUGCAGAGCCCGAGGGACCGGCACCCGGGGCUGCAGCCUGCGCCGAGGCGGAGCGGGAGCCACUCGAAUCUUGUCAGUCGGUCUUCGGAGCAGUCGUCGUUUGGGCCGAGGCCGCAUGCCUCGGACCGGUCGUAUUCUAUGGGGUCGAGGACGGGGCCGCCGCCGAGUUUCCAUAAUCACGCGCGGAAUUUCUCGAGGCCGGGGCCGAAGCAGGCGUGUGAAGAGGGGCAGACGAGGUUGAGCUUGGAUGCGAGGAGGGGGUUGAAGAGGGCGGAGACCAUGAGGUCCAAGUCCCUCAUACUACGGAAGCCAGAACCAAAGCCUCCUGCUAUCAGCCUCCCAACUCCGAAGGAUGCUGAUCCUCAGCAAUACUACUCUCACUCGAUCGGUACUAUAGCGUUUCAAAACACGCAUGCGCGGCCCCACACGAGGGACGGGGGCGAAAGAUGGACAGGAAGCCAGCGUCAGCCGACAUUCCACAAGCCACGAAUCCCACACCCGGCAUCGCCGCGGGCAGAAGAGGCGGACCCGAGUCCUCGGCGUGGAAGCUGGGCCACCUUUGGUGGAGAGGAGACAAUGAAGCACCAGAGACGCCAGCAGGCUACCAACAACUUCAUAUUGGGGAUACCAAGUACGGGAGGUGACUUGGGCAACAUGUUUUGA